CAAAGGAGUUCUCAAAUCUGGCCGUCACCUGUAUUGAAAAGAGUUUUCGUAUCACAAUGGUAAAGAAAUGUGUCUCGGUAUUUUUAUUCCAACCAAAAUACCGGAACCUGUUUUAUCAUAAUGUAGGUCAUCUCGAUCAGAUACUUGCGACAUCGUUAAACAUCGCCUGAAUGAAAUCGAAGUCUCUCGGACCUGAGUAAUUUUAUUGUCGUUUUAUCGUGUAAUAUAAGUGGGGAUUCGUGAGAUUAUGGACGCCCCUUAGUAGCAUGCGUGCGUCACGGCGCGUAGCGUCUUGUACGUGUACACUGUCAAGCCGAAAUCGCGGUGUUAGUUACAGAACUGGCAACAAAUCGAUGUAAACAAGUAUAUAAUAAAGAUGGUGACAAUAUACGAUUUUCUCGUCGUGACAAAUUAUCGCGAAUGAAUUUCGUACUUGAUUUUAUACAUAUCCGUACGGACAGAACGAAGUUAAUUUCGACUACGGUCAUACGAUCAUCGAAACAUGCUGUAUCCAAUAAAGGUGAUUACUUACAAUUAUAAACGUAAACCGAUUAUAAAUUCUCAACAAUAUUGGAGUGAAUUCGGUUGGAAUAAACUUUUAUUGGUUUUGUUAUGAAUUUGUUAUCAUUGAUGUUUUGGUUUUUCAGGAGCAGUCUCAAAAUAACUUGCAAAAUGUUUAGUUUUCACAAGCCAAAGGUGUAUCGAUCUAGUACAGGAUGUUGCAUUUGUAAGGCGAAGUCUAGCAGCUCAAGAUUUACAGACAGUAAAAAAUACGAGGAUGAUUUUAUGGAAUGCUUUCAACUUGAGGAAAGACGAACUGGAGAAAUUUGUAAUGCAUGCGUACUCUUAGUGAAAAGGUGGAAAAAAUUACCUGCAGGAAGCAAUCGUAAUUGGAGACAUGUUGUUGAUGCACGUGCGGGACCUGGUAUAAAAUCACUAACAAAAUUUAAAUCAAAAAAUAAAAAGAAAAUAAAAGAUAUGCCAGAAAAAUUUGAAAAGAUUAUGAAAAAGAAACAUAUCUAUUUGAAAACAGACAGAGAUCGUGAACAAAGUCCAGCAAUGAGCGAUGAUUUAACAGAAGAUUAUUUAAAUGGAAAUGGCAGUAAAAGUUCAAGUCGUGCUGGUAGUCCUGUAGGGAGUGAUGAUAUUCCAGUUACUGAAAAACAAUUAAAUAUGCAGGAUAUUUCAGAAUCAAAAGAUGAUUUAACUGUCAAUGGAUUUAUUGAUCUAUCAUAUUUCAAAAGGGAAAUUAUUUGUUGUGGAACAAUAUUUAAAGGUCCAUAUGGAGAAGUAAUAGUGGAUCCUUCAUUAAUAAAACCUUGUAUCGGUUGCAUAGCUAGACAACAACGACAGCAACAAACAAAUGCAUUAAGUUGCAGCCCUGUGCAUAGUUCUGCAUCGGCCAGUCCUGCCCACAGUUCUGCGUCUGCUAGUCCUGCUCAUAGUGUAGAGUCUGGUACAGAGACUGCAGUCUCUAAACAGACAAGUAAGACAUUUAGUGACUCGUCAUCAGAUUCUGGCUAUGAUGAAUCCUCCAACCAAGGAGUUGCUGAGAGUAAGAUUACAAAAAUUAUUCAAAGUACCAGUGCUACUGUAAAGCCAGCAAUUAAGAUACAACCAUUGAAAAGUGUUCAACUUAAAGCUAUACCAGUAUCGGAAGCUGUCAGGUUAAAAACAGACGUGCCAAUUAAAUUGGUACCUAUAAAACAAAUUGAUCAACUAUCCUGUAAGCCAUUGUCUUUAGUUUCUUCUACCAAUGUUUCUUUAAGCAGUAGUACUUCACACUCCAUUGUUACCGUCCCAAGCAAUCCACUCGUCGAUUUUGCCAUGCACGCAGCCUCCUCAAGGCAAUCAGUCUCUAAUUAAUGUCAGUCUCUCAUAGAUUUUUAAUUUAUUUUUUUCUUACACAUAGAUAGACAUAUACUAUGAUGCAAAAUUGUGUGUUAAAUAUGCUACCAUUUACUAUCUCAGAUUACAAAGGCUCUGGACGAGAGUGUUUAAGUUUUAUCAUAUCGAACACAGAGAGUUUAUAACGUUAUGAAUGGUGAAAAGUGAAUUCUUGUAAUUAGAAGAACUGUUAUAAUAUGCAGUAGAUAUAUAGUGCUCUUAGGAAAGGUUGCACAGGAUCUAUGUCCUUGAUCGUUGGUUGUUGAAAAAGAUAUAUAUAAUUCUAUAUGACAUGAUCUUUAUGGAUGUGAGUUCUUGAAAUGUGUUCCACGUCUAUUAGAUGAUUCUUAUGAGAGAUAGUUGAGAAAGGGCACAAUGUUUCUACUGAAUGCUGUUUGUAGCAUAGAUUAAAAAAAAUACUUAUAAACUGCCAUGAACUUAUAAUUGUUAACUUUCCACAGAUAGAUCUCCAAUAUGUGAAAAGUUUUCAAUUAUUUUCUAAGUGUAAUAAUAGUUAUGUACAUCAAAAUACUGUGAUGACAUGUAUAUGUAACAUGAGAUAUAAGAUUAUUAUUCGGCAAGUGGCAGUUUAUGGUAUCUUCGUUCUAAACGUUAGUUAACGUACUGUAUGGAUGUAAAAAAAUUUCUUGUCCAUAGCUUUUGUUUUUCUGGGCUUUAUCUAAAAAUUGCAAUCGUAAUUGUGAAUAUAUGUAUAGAAGUUCCAAGAUGCCAAUCAGUUUUCAAACAUUUGGGUCCAAAAAUUUUAAAAAAGUGAAUUCACUUAGGGUCACGAUAGCUACAUUGUACCAGAUGCAUUUGAUAUGAUUCAUGUAAUGGUCCAUGACGUUAAAAGUAAGUAAUUCAACUUAAGGAAUGAAUGUGUUCGGGUACUGUAACUCUUGACCCAAUAAUAGCAAUAAUACAAAGGGUAACUUUAUAAUAAAGUAAUUAAAGUCUGUUGAAUAGCAUCAUAUCAGUAUGAUGAUAUAUUUAGGCAGUAUUACUAGAGAAAGAAAUUGAACGAGAAUAAGGCAAUCAGAUUGGCAAACUGGACCAGUAAAAUUUGUUAUAAUAUUUCAGGGUUACUGUAUAAUUAAUGUAAAAAAAAACAAAUGAUUUAACAGCAGAUUAUUGACAUACGAUAUAUAAGUAUAAUGCUAAAUAAGUGAAAACUGUUAGUUCCUAGUUUUUAGAGAUGGGCACAUGACCGAACAAAAGCACAUAAAAGUACCUGUUGGAAGCUGAUUAACUGUGAUCAUUGGAUUAUUCAUUGUUUUAAAAAUAGUUUUUUUUUUCUCAUUUCAUUAAUGACAUACGCACAAAGAUUAUCCAAAUUUACAUACAAUGUAUUUUUUGUGGAAGAACCCAGGAGUGAUCACACGCAUAAGUUUUUUAAGACUGUAUUAUAAGAUGCAUUUGAAACAACAUAUAAACUCAAUCCUAUUAAAAACUAACAUUCAUAAUAAUUGUAAACAUACAGUUAACAUAACUUUAACAACAAAGCCAAAGAUAUGAGAGAGAUAGACAUUACUUUAUAACAAUGACAAAUAAUUUGGUCAAUAGUGCAACCUUUUAUGAAAGUGUAAUAUUUGAUUGUAAAAUUAAAACUGAAAAUUUACAUCUGUUGAAUACGUAAUUUUGAUCUUGUAUAACAGCUAAAAUUUACUCUUAAUAUUUAAAACGAACAAAAUUCGGAAAUUUUUAUGAUUGAAUUUAGCUGAAGUAAUAAUAAAAUUUGAGAGUAAUCUACUUCUGGGAUAUUUGCAAUUUUUAUAAUAAACUUCUUCUGACAUAAAAAAGUAAAAGUUUACAUUUUAAGAGUACUGUGUUUGCUGCCCAUCUGGCUUAAGCUCGUUGACAAUCGUUAUGUAACAAGGAAACGAUAACAGUUUUUCAUAUAGAAUCAAACAUCGAAACUACAAUUUGUCCAAGGACAAUGUUUACCACCUUGUCCUUUGACAAAUUUUAUUGUACAUUUCUUUGCCUAGGAGACUUUAUGAUCUCUUUACUGUGAAUAUUAAUAGCUAUGAUUUUUGUUGUAACACACACGUUAUGAUUUAUAAUAAUUAAUAUAUGUUAAGAAUUAAGGUGGGAUCAUAGAUAAACAAGCCAUAUGUUUACCAUUAUCGUGUAAGAUUGAUGUUUUAACAGCCAGAAAUAAUGAAUCUUACUACUCAAGAAGCUCAAAUUACAAUUAAGAUUUCUAUAAUAUACUCGUUCAACGCAUAGCUAAUAUAAUUUUUUAAAUGAUCUUUAUAUCUGCCUAUGAUCCUUCCUCUAAAUGAAAAAAUACGAAAUACUUGUUUAAUUUAUUUAUUUUGUAAGUUUAUUUACUUGCAAUAUAUAAUAUUCCUUUUCUACGUAAAUUUAUAUAUAUUUUUAUACAAAUUAAUCUUUGCUUUUUAUGAAAUAAACUGUCUGUAGCACUGCCGGGGAAAGAAAACGUGCAGACGUUUGAUUCCAAGUCAAUCUGCUGGCAAUAUUCGAUGAACUAUUUAUUUUCAAUUAACAUGAAUAUUAAUGUAAUUCUUGAGUUAUAAUGUAUAACUUGAGAAAUAUAUAAAUGGUGGCCACAGAUUGAUUAGGCACUAGAAACAUUCGUAAGUGUGCAUAAAGAAAUUUUGUAAAUGGAUUUAUAUACGUGUAUAAAAUGGUCUCAUAUUCAAAGUAACAUGAUUGAGUGAUACAUAAAAAAUACAAAUAAUUGCGUGUGUUUUAAAACAGAAAAAGUAUAACAAAUUAAAACUUUAUCGAUAAAAAGAUUAUAAAUGAAUAUAUUGUGCAGCUAUGAAAAUAAUAUUAUUUAUGGAUAAUGCUAACAGCUGCGGACAAACAUCAAAUCAUCUUAUAUAGGUAUUGGGAUGUUAUAUUAAAGUUAAGGAAGAACAUGUGUCAUUUCCAAUGUGUUAAACGUUCUUGAGAAAGCAAACUGUUUAAAUAAAAUAACAUAAUUAAAGUUUGUGUGCAUUGCUGUCAUAUAACUUAAAGUUAAUGGUUUUGUAUAAAGAUACGUAUAUAAAAUAAUUGAACAACAUUUAAUUUUUGUUUUGAUUUAUAGGAAAUUUACAAAAUCUAUUGUUUUAAACUAUACAGUUUUGUGAGAUCUGUUGAAAUAUUAGUACGUUGUACUUCAAAUUUUUAUUCUACUUUAAUUGUCUUCCUGAAGAAUUUUCAUUGUAGUAAGUUGUAGUUAAAAGAAUUCAUAUUUACUGUAUUAUGAUUACUAAAAUAGAAAUAUGAACAUUUUAUACAUAUGUAAUUCUGGAUUCUAAAUUUCUUUCAUGAAUAAGAAGAUUAGUUAUUAAGUCAUAAAAUAACUUCUUUUUAUUAAAAAUUCUGUUUUGCUUUUCAGUAAAUCUUACAAACAUUUUAUAAGUUUUAAAU